AUGUCCAAAUCCACUGAAAAUCGUUCGGAAAAUGGAUCUCAUUCGAUAUCUAAUUUAGAAAAACCAUCUUCAAAUUUUAGUAAUAAUUCUGAGGAUACAUCAAAAAAUUGUGAGUAUAAGAAGGAUGAGAAUAUUCCGUCUAUGUUCAUUCCAGAUGAUGUUAUUGAUGAUUGUCUAGAAGAAUGGAAAUACAACUUAAUUGGUAGAUUAGAUUUUGUAAAGUUGAAAUUGAAGGAUGCAGAAGCUUCUCUGCGUCAACAAUGGACACUUAAAGGUAAUCUUCAACUAAUUCCUCUUGGAAAAGGUUUUUUCAUUAUUAAACUUGAUAAUUUUGAAGAUAGAUCUUAUAUCUGGAAGGUUCUCUGGGUUGUUGAAAAACAAAAUCUCAAACUUAGAGCAUGGGAACCUAAUUUUAAUCUAGAGGCUCAAAAAUCUACUUCAGCUUUUGUAUGGGAAAUUGGUUAUUAUGCUAGUGUUCUUGUGGGGAUUGAUUUAGCUAAGUAUAUUCCUAGUAAAAUAUGGGUUACUUCAAAAUAUGGAAGAUUUGAACAAGCUUUACAGAUUCCUAAACUUCCAAAAUUAUGCAAUCAUUGUCAAGCUUUAGGUCAUUAUGUAGCAGAGUGUAGGAAUAAAAGAAAGGAGACUACAGAUCCUACUUCUGUUACUAAUGUUUUGUGGGAAAAACCAAAUAAGAUACGGAGACCAAAAACUUCUAACACUCAAGAAAAUGUUGGUUUUGACAUAUGUUUUCCAAGGAAAGGUCCAGAUAAUUCUCAAACACAUCCAGCAGAAUCCUUUAACAGUGAUGAUAAAAUUGAUGCUAUAAUUCCACCUAUUCUCCAUCAAGUUAAAGAUAAAGGUCUAAAGCUUAAUUUCAUUACAAAAAAACAAGCUGCAACUAGUUCAAGCUCUGAUCCUAAAAAAGAUUUUGUUGUUAUUGGUAGUAAGAAGAAUCAGGGAAAGAGAAGCCCUAAAGCUUCUCAAUCUCAUACUCCUCACUGGAAUAUCAGGGGCUUAAGAAGAACAAAAGCCACUGAUAAAAUAAGAAGUUUGGUUUAUACUUUUGGACCUUCAUUAUUUUGGUUAGCUGAACCAAAAAUUAGUGUGAGAAAAGAUACUAUUAAAAAGUUGAGAUUAUCUAGAAUGAAGCAUUUGGUUAUUCAUAAUUCUUAUGAAAGUGAUAAAAGAAAUAUUUGGUUACUUUGGAGUUCUUCAAUAUCUGAUCCAAUUUUAAUAUCAAAUACUAAACAAGAAAUAACAGUGGAGAUAGGUGGAUCCUUAAUUACUGGUGUUAAUGCUGCUUCUCUUGCAGUAGAUAGAAGAUUUUUGUGGGACAAGAUGCUAGAAAUUAACAAUCAAGACAAACCAUGGUUGGUCAUUGGUGAUUUUAAUGCUGUCUUGAACAUUGAGGAAAAGAAAGGUGGUAGAAGUCCAUUAAAAAUAACAAUGUUGGAAUUCAAUAACUAUAUUCAAAGUUAUGGACUUAUUCAAGCCCCCAAAACUGGUUUAGAGUUUUCUUGGUGCAAUAAUAGAGCUGGAGCUAAAAGAAUUUUACAUCCUAGUUGGGUCUAUAAAGUUGGUGCAAGAUGGUUAUAUGAUCAUGGUGUUCUUUAUGGAGAUAAUGCGUCAAUUCCUAAGCCAUUAAAUGUACCCUUCAGAGCUUUUAAAGAUUGGCUGGAACAUGAAGACUUUUUGAAAUUGGUGGAAGAUUACUGGAAAAAUCAGGUGAUAAAUGACUGGAAUUGGAAUGUGUUUGGGGAUAUUAAAAGGAAUCUCAAAAAAGCUGAGGAUGUAGUCUUGAAAGCUUCUUUGGAUUCAGAUAGAAUACCACAUAACAUUGCAUUGUUGGAUAAACUGGUAACAGCUAGAGGGGAACAAGAAUUAUUAAAUCACCAAAUAAUGAAAUGGCAAACUAAAAACUCAAUUGUUGAACUAGAAAAUAGUGAAGGCUCUCUCAUUACAAGUCAGCAGGGGAUUUCUAACAUUUUGGUGUCUUAUUUUGAAGAGAAGUUUAAAUAUCAGGAGACUCAGAUUGUGGAAAAUAUUUUUAGUGUUGUUCCUCAAGAAGUUAACUCAGAAGACAACAAUAAUCUUGAGUCAACUCCUUCCGCUGAAGAAACAAAGAAAGUUGUAUUUGACAUGGACUCUGAUAGUGCUCCUGGUCCAGAUGGUUUUAGUGGAUAG